CCAAAGUGCUACGUACUGUGAACCAAAGGUUUUCAAGCUCAAAUUUUAUAUAAUCCCUGUUGCACCAGGCGAACCGUUCAGAAACAGAUUUAUUUACUUUCUAGAGCGGCUUCUGCUAACAUCUAAAAUGUCUUGGCUUGUAAAACACACCAAAUGUUCUGAUGUUGGCUGCAAAAGUGAACACAAGAGUCGUCAUGCACUUCCAGCAACUGAGGAACUGAAGUCCCUGUGAAUCAGUGUUUUUUUGUUUUUAUUUGUUUUAGUUUUUUUCCUUUGGAUGGCAAUGUCCCCACAACACUUGUAUGUUACCUGUAUAAUGUUAGCUCAUUGUACAGGUAAUGUAUCUAACACUAGCAUUAGCUUUGAUCAGGGGCGGAUCGAGAGAAAAAUUAAUAGGGUGGCAGAUGCAUUUUAGGGGGUGGCAUACGUGGCAUACACACAUAUAUGUGUGUAUGUAUAGACUGGCAGCCAGCAGGUGGUGUCAAAUUAAGAAUGUUAAAGAAGUAAAUAUUUGUAUUUGUCAGCCAAUCCUAAAUAUGAGUUGUUCUUAUUAGCUGUCAAUUACAAUAAUGAAAUAAAGCCGCCCUUAUACAAUUCUCACUCACAACAGACGUUUUCACAGCAGUUUGACUGAAAAACAGUGCAGAAAGUGUAACUAAUAAUCACACUAAUGAUGCCUCAGUCCUAGAGAGUCAAUUCAGUGAGCUAAAAUGCGAAACAUGGUCUGAUAAUCAGAACGAACAGAUAUUUUCAGAGCAGAUAUUUUGAGUUGUCAUAGCAGGGAAAGAACAAGGUGAGCUGAAAACAUUCAUAGUGGCAGUACUCAAAAUAACAGAACAUGGUCUAAAUGGAAUCAUUGAAGGUGCUUUUCUAGAAUAGAAUAGAAUAGAAUAGAAUAGAAUAGUUUUAUUGUCAUCAUAAAUAGGUGCAUGACGAAAAUAUAAAUAGCUGCCACUGGACGGUGCAUUGAUAACGAGCUAAAUUAACAACAAUGAAUAAUAAAAUCAAAUGUGCAUAUAAAACGACUAUAUUAAGAAUUACAACAUGUGCUAAAAAGGCAAGAUGUACUCAAUACUGUGUGGGAGGUAAAUGAAAUCAAAUAAAAAAACAGUCAUACAGAACAAAUAUGGUCAGGAGAUUGUAUGACCAUGACAAAUUACAAUACCAAAUGUAAAAAAAAAAUCUUCAACUGUAUUUAUUUUGUCACUUUUGAGUGAGGGUUUAUGCUGUGCACUCACAGCAUUCACUGAACGGUGAUUAAAUGGAAAAACACUGAACUGAUUUUGCCACCAGGUGUCCGUCUUUCCUCUUUUGAAGACCUGACAUCUAAGGAUAUUUUCUCAAAGUCACUUUUUUCCUCUGUCUUCCUGAGACUAACACACCUUUUGUCGUACUCACGACCGUCUCCCUCCCACCUUCAAACGCUGCUGCGAGUCAGCAUGUGAAGCAGCUGAAAUUCAGUGUGUGAGGAGCUUCUCUGGUGUCUGCUGGUCCUGAUCAUGGAGUUUUCUCUCUACCUCCUGACUCUGCUGCUUCUCUUUUCUCAGUGCACAGCUCAGUGGUGUUACCAGAGCCAGUACUCCUGUGAUGACACAUGCAGAGAUCCCAGCCACUGGGCAGCUCAGUUUCCCAGCUGUGGAGGAUUACGUCAGUCACCUAUUAACAUCGUCACCAGCAAAGUGCACGUCAACAGCGCCCUGCCACCCUUCGACUUCAUCGGUCACACCAACGCCAUCAACAUUACAGUGGAAAACAAAGGACACUCUGCUCACUUUGCUCUGCCUCAGUCGGUCCGGCUGACCGGAGGAGCUCUGCCGGGUCACUACAGAGCCGCCCAGUUCCACUUCCACUGGGGAGGAAACGGGAGACCAGGAUCAGAGCACACCAUUGAUGGAGAGAGAUUUCCUAUGGAGCUGCACAUCGUCCACAUCAAGGAGCCUUACGGUUCUCUGGCUGAGGCAGAACAUGACCUGGCAGGAAUAGCUCUGCUGGCCUUCCUGUUUGAGGAAACAACAGACGAUCAUCCUCAGCUGGAUGCAGUAAUAGCAGCGCUGGGCCGAGUGCAAAACAACGGGAGCAGGACAGUGGUCCCAAACUUUCGACUCAGUGACAUCAUUCCAGCUGCAAAGGAGCUUCACAGUUAUUACCGCUACGUGGGCUCCAUGACCACUCCAGGAUGUGAGCAGGCGGUUGCAUGGACGGUGUUUCACAGGACGCUGUCCAUCAGCAGUCGACAGCUGGAUGCAAUAGUUAAACAGUGUCGAUUUUGGACCGGACAGCCCAUGACCGACAUCUUCAGACCCACACAGCCUCUGGAUGGCAGAGUUGUUUACUGCUCCAAAGCAGCUACAGCUCUGCCGAGUGUCAGCCUCUUAUGGUUUGGUGUUUUCUCAGCUGUGCUCGGAACAACAGGUCUGAUUCACUGACUCAGUUCAUGACAAAACUGAAUUUAUGCAACAGAAGCUCCUGUAUGUUUAAAGGCGACUUCUAUAAACCGUAGCACGUUUGCAGAAGCGUCCCAGUGGGAAACUAUUUUCUGAGUUACCUUUGAUCGUAUCAGUUCACUGCACAAACACAACCUCUGCAUAUCGUUAAUGUUACAUCCAAUUAAGAUUAAUGUGUUACAGCCACAAUUACGUCGGCCCAUCAGUGGUCAUAAUUACAGGAACAGCUGCCUCAAACAACUUCAGCAGCAGUCAGUGAGAGCAGCUCUGCAUUUUUUCUAAUUACAGAGAUACUGAUCUAUUGCACAACAUAAAACAGUACAUUAGAUACAGCUCAGAUUCCCUCUGUCGAUCAGAGGAAAUGAAAAAACUGACAAGGAAUGCAAAGCUAGUUCAGAAAGACAUUCCACUGUUACCCUGAAAGGCCUCAAUAUGUUUGCAUCGGUACAUUAUUUACACAUAAUAACUCAGAUUCUACAUGUAUUUAAAAUGACCAAUUUAUCACAAGUUAACUGAAACUGUGAUGAUGCAUCUACUGACUUUUGUGAGGCCCUCUAGCACACCACAUGGUUCAUACUGGUUAUUUGGAGUGAAAUGUCUCCACAACUAUUAGAUGGUUUUCCAUUACAUUUGUUUCAGACAUUUAGAUUCCUCUGCAGAAGAACUGUAAUAACUUUUCUGACCUUUUUACUUCAAAUUUAGCACCGUCUCCAGGUCAAAAAUACCAGCUGGUCCAUUGACUUUCUCAUCAGUUUGAGCUGUACCCUGUGUUUAGUGCUAAUCAGCAUACUAACAUGUUGCGAUGUUGAACAUGGUGACAUUAUUCUUGCUAAAUAUCAGUACAUUAACUUUCUUAUUACAUGCUGAUGUUAGCAUUUAGCACUAGGAGCCAGAAUUUAGCCGCACACAGCUGUAAACACAGCUGUAGAUUCAUAUCUUGUUGCUCCAACACUGACUCUUAUCAUUUCUGAAUUAAAAUUACUUUCUGCAGCCUGUUAGGAGUAGACAUCUUUACCUCAACAAGCCUUCAUGUCAAUUUUCCUUAUUUUUGUUCUCAUUAGGGAUCAAUAUUUUACUUUCAUACAUUACUGCUUUAUAUUAACUCUGAUCUGCUUUGUCUUAGAUGUAAGAAACCACUUGGGAUGAAUAAAAAUGUAGUUUUGGGGGUUUAGAAUAAGCUUUUCUUUUCUUUUAACCAGCUGGGGGUUCUACUAUGUCUUUACUUGAUAUGUAUAUUGUUCUUUGUGCUGGCCAGACGACUAAGUUAAGUUUUGGGUAACUACAGCAUGCCCUAAAUGUACUGUACAUUUGUUUAUUUGUGGAAAACCAAAUGGGUUCUAAACAUACGUAACACAAUGUAACAACUUCUUCUCUAUUCAUACUAACAAUAUGAUCCUCGUUAAUUGUUUAACACAUUGAUUUGUAUAUAUUCUACAUGUAUGGAAUUAAAACAAAACUAAAAAUUAACAUUAAAUAGACGGUACAAACCAUAUGGAUUUAUCUGAACCCUUGUAGGAUUAUGAUAUUAUUUUGAGUUAGGAAUGCUCCGAUUUGGUUUUUUAUGGAUCGUACCAUUAUAAUUUGAAACAUGA